AUGAAAACCCAAUAUUUAAGAAAUUCAUUUGAAAAUAAUCAGUAAUAGCCUUUCUAUUAAUAUUCUAAAACUUCAAAUGUAAAUUCAACUUCAAAAUAAUCGCUUGUUAUCAAUGAAAUUUAUUAGAAUCAAUUAAUUUCAUUAUCAAUCUAACAAAAACAAAAAAAUGAGCAAAGAAAGGCUUCAUAUUAAGAUGAAGAAGAAAAAAAACAAUAAAUGGCUUAAGCAAUUUAAUAGUAAAUAUAAAAUAAUUAAAAUAAUGAUGAUUCUGUUUAAAAACCUUUUGUAGAUUAAUAUUCAUAAAUCCUUGAUGAUUCUGUUUAAAGAGAAUAAGACAUCAAAUUAAAUACUUUGAUGACCAAAUUUUUUGACGUUGAAGUGCCAAAUUUGAAUAAUAUGAGUAUAGCAUUUUUACUUGAAGAAUUAAAUAAAUGA